GAGAAAGGAGUGAGUGGCCGUUUGAAGUUUGAAGUUUGAAGUUUAAACAUAGAGAAACGAAAUUGAAUGCAACCCAACAAAACACAUUAACUCCCAUUUCCAUUCAUUCAUCCUCAAACUUUUUUUAUAAAAAAACCAAUCUUGCUCACCUCGGAGAGAGAGAGAAAUAGAAUGACCGGAGUGGUCAUGGUGACCAAGGGCGGUGGAUGCGGCGGCGGCGGGAAGCGGACGAGGUCGGCGCGAACCGCCGAGGAGGAAGAAGAGCAGCAGAACCAGCUGUCGCUGGUGGCGCUUCUCUUGGCGGCCAUCAGAAAAUCGAUGGUGUCGUGCAGGGUGGACCCACCCGAGGACGUAAUCUCCACCGUCCAUCACAUGGAGAUCGGAUGGCCAACCAACGUCCAGCACAUCACUCAUGUCACCUUCGACCGCUUCAACGGCUUCCUCGGUCUUCCCUAUGAGUUCCAAGUCGAGAUCCCUGCCAGGGUCCCCAGUGCUAGUGUAAGUGUGUUUGGUGUCUCAGCAGAAUCUAUGCAGUGUUCUUAUGAUCCAAAAGGAAACAGUGUCCCCACUAUUCUUUUGCUAAUGCAGGACCGUCUAUACUCGCAGGGAGGCUUGAAGGCUGAGGGUAUAUUUCGUAUAAACCCCGAAAAUAGUCAAGAGGAGCAUGUGAGGGACCAGUUGAAUAGGGGCAUUGUGCCGGAUGAUAUUGAUGUCCACUGUUUAGCGGGGCUGAUCAAAGCCUGGUUCCGAGAGCUACCUUCGGGAGUGCUAGAUGGACUUUCCCCUGAGCAAGUUCUUCAGUGCAACACAGAAGAAGAAUCUGUUGAGCUUGUGAAGCAGCUAAAGCCAACCGAGUCUGCUUUACUCAGCUGGGCUAUUGAUCUCAUGGCUGAUGUUGUAGAAGAGGAGGAAUUUAACAAAAUGAAUGCUAGAAAUAUUGCAAUGGUUUUUGCUCCAAACAUGACUCAGAUGUCUGAUCCUCUAACAGCCCUGAUGCAUGCGGUUCAAGUGAUGAACUUACUCAAGACACUCAUCAUGAAGACACUUAGAGAACACGAACAAACAGCAAAAGGUGGCUAUUCUCCCAUGUCAUAUCAUUCAUCAGAUCGCCAGUCUGAGGAUGAAUACAGCAGUCAGCGAGAAAUGGACACAAGCGGUGAAUUGAGAGGAACCAAAUCAGAUUAUGAUGAUCAUGCCCACUAUGGUCACAGUAGUGAAGGGGAAGCUGGAUCUUUGAGUGAGAUAGAGGAGGAGUGCUUCUUGAAGCAGUUGGAUGAGAACAAAAAAGGAUUCUCAGAGGAAUCUGCAGGUUAUUUGGAUAAGUAUGUUAGCACCAGGAGUUUCUCUGGCUAUAACAUGGAACCUUCUAUAUCUGUUACUGAUGGCAAAGCAGGGAAUUCCUGCUUGAGUACAACACUGACUGAUUUGGCCUCAAAUGUUGACUCAAGUAGUUCAUCAAUAGGAUGUACCGGCACCAAAGAUGUGGAGAUGAUGGAUAAGUUUGCAGAUUCUAUUUCACCUGUGCCACCACUCCUUGCUUCUAGUUAAGAACUGAUUUUCUUUGUAGAAGUUUUUUAGUAGCAUGUUUUCCAGAUUUUGUCUCUACAAGCAGAGCAGGUUUGCUUGUGUAAAUUAAUACAUGGAGUAAGAACCGCUUCCUUGUUGUGUAUUGGGACAGGUUAUGUUCAGUUUAGGGCUGAAUUUGACCUGGUUCUGUAUGUUCUUGUACUAGACCAUUCUAACCAUGACAAAUUGGAAUGGGCUAAAGGUGUGGCCCCCUCUUCAAAUUUCAGUCAAGUGCUGUGAAAUCGAUGAAUUCCUGCGGAAUGGGGAGAUCGAUUUAGCUUAGCCUGACACAUAGAUGCUUUCUAUGUAUCUUCAGUAUGAUCAAAAUUUGAAUGGUUCAGAAAUUCAUCAAGAUGGAAGGAAGUGUUUGAA